GCGAGUGUGCGAGUUUGCUAAUCAAAAACAGACAAUCCGGUCUCUGAGGAGUGUGCCCAGUCGGUGUCCGCCUGAGCUGCAGCGAGUAGGUCGCGCGGUGCUGCCGCGAGUGUCAUGUUCUGAGAGAAUGGGCGCCUCCAUGGAAGAGCCGCAAUUCAGCGAGAGAGUGGAGAUGCCGGUGGCUGAGCCCGUCCUGGAGAGUCAGGCCCUGCGGUACUACAGGCUGUCCCUCAUGACUCUGCGGCUGAUGUCCAGUUACGUGAGUGUGGUGUGUCGGCUCCUGGCUGCGGCGUACCACGCCAUCCUGCGUAACCGUGCUGUCAUUGUCAGUGGCAUCAUGGCUGUCAUCGGUGUCAUUACAAAGGGAGCCCUGUACAUGUACGUACCACCCAAGAAGAUGGAGCCCCUGCUAAGGACACUGGGAGGAGCUGCCCCCCACCCCACACCUCCUGCCAUCGAGCUACCUCCCCAGCCUGAGAAGAGUGUUCACUGUGAUGUUCUACACGAUCCCGGCCCCAACAACCGCCAGAUGGAUGUUAUUUUCAUACAUGGCCUCAAGGGCUCCUUGGAGCGCACAUGGACACAGGGAAUGUGGGAGCUGAAGGGGAGAGACAAUGGUGGUCGAAUUCUCCUCAGAAAGAGCUCCUCAGCGUCCUCCAUCAACACCCUGCAGAUCAGCGAAGUGCACCGGCAAUCCUCAGAGUCUAACUUGGCGACAGUGUGCAAAAAUGUGGACUGCAACGGGCACAGCGAUGGCAAGGUGGUGUCACAGAUUGAUCAGAGAGAAAGAGACAGGGAGGUGUCGAGGUGUUGGCCGCGGGACUGGUUACCACAAGACUGUCCAGGAGCACGAGUCAUUGCUCUGAACUAUACGACAGAUCCUUACCUGUGGCGGCCCGUUUGGAUCAACAAGCGAUGCCGGACUUCAAUGAGUGAGAGAGCGUGGGAAAUGAUGCACCACCUCAGUGAGCUAGGGGUGGGGGAGCACCCAAUAGUGUGGGUCGGCCAUUCCAAGGGUGGUCUGUUCGUCAAACAGAUGCUGGUCCACGCGUGCUCAAGUUCAGAUCCUAAGAUGGCGGCAAUUAGUAAAGAAAGUCGAGGUAUUUUAUUCUACAGUGUGCCACAUCGGGGAUCUCCCCUAGCUAAUCUCAACCUGCCCUUGCUCAGGCAGUCUAUAGAACUCACCGAGGUACAGAAAGACUCAGCUGAAGUAACUGCACUUCACGACAAGUUCCGAGGCCUACUGGAUAGUAAUCAGCUGACUGUUGAGGUUCGCAGCUUCAUUGAGACCACUCUUACACUAAUGUCUCUUGUCUAUGUGCGCAUCGUCAGUGUCGAAUCUGCUGAUGCUGAAAUAGGAGAGCUAUAUGGUGUUCCCAUUGAUCAUAGAAAUAUAUGCAAACCUAGAAGCAGAAACUGUUUCCUGUAUCGAGAGUUGUUGUCUUUAAUCGAAUCGGUGACGACAGAACGACAGUCGUGACAGUGUUCACUACGUGCUUAUCUUAUCAUCUUAUACCUGCCAAUGUUUUAAUUGGUAACAUAGGUUUACAGGUGAAAAUCCACACUUACCAUUUUACUUGUUUUCUUACCAAGUGAGCAAUAACGUUUCUUGCUCAUUUUUUUACUUCUGUAUUGUUGACUGGAAUGUUUUAAUCGCACUGUCGUGAAACAUUUAGAUUAUCUGAUCACUACCAAUAAGUUUAUACAGAUAUUAGAAGAGUUUUGAAUCAUAAAAUUAACACUUAAAUGAUUUGUAAAUAAACAUUAUAAAUAUAUGUUAAACCAAAUCUUAAAAUGAACUCGUCCAAUGGAAUACCUGUAGUUUAUUAAAUUACUAAUUCCAAAUUUAGGGGAAGAACUUCACAAUUAUAUUAAUGCAAUUUCAUACUUCAAUAUAUAUAUAUAUAUAUAUAUAUAUAUAUAUAUAUUGUUGGAGAUUUUACCAACAAUUUUCUGUGUUCACAUCUGAAAUUAUAUUCAUUCAUAGAUCUGUUGGAGAUCUUAUUGAGGUGGUCGAAUAAAGGAAAAUUAUAGCUAACAAAAUAAAUAGAAAAUUGUUAAUUUAAUUAUAAAUUUAUUUGGAAUUUUAAUAGUAAGGAACUUAGAAAACCUGUUACUCAGUACUGCUCUAUCUCAGAGCUUAAAUAUUUAUGCUAAAACACCUGGGUAUUAAUGGCACAUGCUAUUAUCAUUAAAUUUUGUGCGUUUUAUUCCAAAUUUGUUCAACUAGUUUAACUUAUUGGUAGUGUUUUUAUUUGAUUUUUGUUUGUGUAAAGAGAUAUAAACUGUAUAAACAAUGUUGGAAAAAAUAUAAUAUUCAAAUUCGUAUUUUAGUGACAUCAACAGAUGUUAUUCAUUCAUGAACAAUUCCAUCGAUCGGUGUAAAAAUUGAUGCAUCACCUGGUCGGAUUAAUCAAGGAUCAAUUUUAAUAAAUCGACCUGGGUUAUUUUUCGGUCAAUGUUCAGAAAUUUGUGAUAAAUUUAAUUUUUUAAGCAUCUCCUAGAAGGUAAAAAUAUCCAGUUAACAAAAACUUUAUAAACCUGUUAUUUAUGAUUUUUAUAUCACCUAUUUAAAAAUCUGAUACAUUCCAACUAGAUUUAGAAGAUAAACUUAAGUGUUCAUUGCCAAAGAUGCUAAAUUGUGUUGUAAAUAGAGCUAAUGUAUUUGUUUAGUUUUAAAAUAUCUUGUAAAUACUUUGAAAUGUCUCAAAUCUCUGUUGUACAUUUUUUAGUUAGUUUCGUCUCUUUUACUAUGUUUAGAGUGAUAAAAUGCAAAUUAUAAUAUUUAGAAAAAUUUGUAGGUAAAAGAAAGUGUUCACUAAAUCUUUAAUAACCUCUUAGCGGCAGCAGUUUAGCGCACCUGCCCAUACUCCAAAUAUGAAAUUUUUUCCAGAUUCUAAGUAAGUUCAACAAGUAAUUUUAAAACCACUGUUUUAAUGUAAAAAGAAUGAAAAAAUACCAUUUUAUUACUAUAUUAUAUUAUAGUAGUAAAAUUAAACUUCUUUUAGCUGUUUGUGAAAAUUAUUGGUGAAUAAUGGAAAAAGUAAUACAAGCUUAUAAAAAACUUAUUCAAUUUAAAUGUUUAUAAAUUAUUUGCAAAACAUUUUUGAUAUAUCGGGAUAAAUCUUGUGAAUUUAAGAGUCAACAGAUUAACUUUCUUCAAAUUGACAAAUUUAAUAUAUAAACCAGAAGUUGCUAAAACCGUAAAGUUUAAUAUUCUUACGGUUUAAUAAGCAUAGUUACUUAACUUUUGUACUCUAAUAAAGGUAAAAUACCUUGACAUUGACAGAAUGUGUAUUAUUAGUUGAGAAAAGUAGAAACACUAAAAGUACUGAAUUUUGGUAAAGGCGGAUAUGUUAGUAAAAAAUAUAUGUCCUGUGUUGUUAAAUUUUGAAUUUAUUAGUGGUUUCCAAUCUCCAAGAGGAACAAUAUUAUAAAUUAUAUCAACAUAUCAAAAUGUAGUGAAAAUUGUAAUAAUUAUAGAUAUAUAGUAUAUCCAAAUGCAGUCUUAAUAUAAAGACUUGUUGCUAUUUUAUUUUUGAGAACUGUUAGAAUAUUGUAAGAAAUAAGUGUGUUUUAGGUAGACACUAAUACUUGAACCAAAAGGCAAUACAGUUAUUGUGUACUUAGUUGUAGUUAAAUCGAUGUUUCCCUUAUACAUCGGUUAUCAUGUCUUGGAGUGUUCAGAGUGUUUAGUAAAUUCUAAGGAAAUGAAUGCUCUUUCUCUUCGCCUAAGAUCGAAAACAGCAGUGAUGGAGAUUAACGACUUAAUUAACUGCCUUAUUAAACAUGCACUCUAUAUACUGAUUUAUUUCCAUUUUAAUUGGUUUUAUAAUUUUAAAAUUUGAGAAUCAGGUUUAAGAAAAUCGGUAUAAUUUCUUAAAAAUUAGAUACCAUAGUUCUUUUAUUGUAUAUAUAUAAUGUAAAUUACAUUAUAUAGUUAAUAAUAUAGUUACAUAAUAAGUAAUGUUAAUAAAGUAAAUAUAAUUUUCAAAAUAAGACCACCACUAAUCGCCCAAAAAUAAUGAUCUUACUAUUUGUGCUAUUUCAAUGUUCCAUAUAGGUCUCUCUUUAACUUGAUAUGUACUAAUAGACACAAACUUUACUAAAGUUAACAUUUCAGUGUUCUCUGUAAAAUCAUACUAUAUGUGCUGAUUUUCAAAUGUAUAAUGGUAAUUAUUGUGCUAGUAAAAGAUACAAAUAUGUAAUAACAAGUAAGAUAUCUCUGAUUUCCUUGAGAAUAAUUUGUGAUUUGUAUUAUGUCUUCUCUGUUCUUACGUCUGUUGAAUGAAACGGUUUCAGGAUGAUCAGAGCCAAGAAAGAGAUUUUAAAGAUAUAACUGUGUCAUAUUUACUAAACUAUGAGACUUAUCAUUGCAAGCCUGGUUUGUGGCUAAUAAACUGUUUUUUAUGCACUUAGGCCUGACAUAUAAUGUUUAAACUUUGCAUGAGUAUAGAACAUUUGUUUCUUGCAGUAGCACAAAAUUAAAAUUGUUAACUGAGAUCUCUUUACAAUAUUAAUAAAUAAUACAACCAGUCUUGCAAUGAUGUGUCUCGUACUUUAGAAGUUCUUGGAAUCAAGAUUUUUAGAAUUGAUGAAAAUGAAAGUCUGAUGAAGAAAUGGAAACAAUAAAAAACUCAACUGAAGUAACUUAAGAAAAUUUUUAAUUGGCAUAUUUUCAGAAUUAUUAUGCCAUUACCAGACUGUAUAAUUAAACUUACAUAAAUUUGCUGGGUUUUCUGGAAAUGGAUGAAGGAUUUGGAAUGGAUAGUUCGAACAUUAUUAUAUUAGUUUUAAUUUACUAUUUGUACUCUUCUUGAUUAUGAAUACUCCUAAGUUGCACAAUCAUAUAUUAGUAUCUUUCCACAACAGUAAACUCAUGGAACUUAAAACUUAUUAAUUGCCAGAAAACCUUACACAGACCAGAGAUAAAUGUUGUAAAUAGUAAUAGAAACCAAAAUGUUUUAGUGAUGCUCCUUUUGCAUCUUAAAUCAGUUUUGAAACUGGAUUUAUCUUCCAUGAUAAUCCUUUUAUUUGAAAGGAUGUAUCUAUAAUUAACAGUGGAAAACAGAAUGGUGAGUGGUGUGAUACGUUGUUAUGCUGUAGUGAUUUGUUGCAAUUGUUAAUAAUUGUGAUAGUUCUGGUUGUAAACCAAUUGCAGAUGUCAGGUUGUGAUAUGUACAAAGCUGUGACAGAUGUGCCAAAUGUGUGAUUUAAGGGGAGAUUCAGUUAACUUACAUUGUAAAUAAUGCUGUGUCUGAGCUGUAAUACAAAGGUUUUUUUUAUGUUGAAGUAGACUUGUUCAUAUUGUGAUUGCAAAAGUUUAACAGUUACUAUAACUGUUAGAUUAUUUUCAAAUUGAACAAUGUUAGAAAAUAGUUUGAGUAAGAAAUAAAAAGACAGAUUUUUAUUAAAUAGUUGUCUAACAACAAUUUCAAAUAUUUGAAUAUAUUUUUACGAGUUAUUGUCUCUAUUUUCUUAUUUAUCUCUAUGAAAUGAAUAUUUUUAAUACAACCUUUAGACUCACAACUAAUACUAUAGUUAUAUACUAUGUAAUUUAAAACUUAUUUAUUUCCUACUUGAAUCAUGAUUUCAUUAACAAGUUUACAUCUAAAAAAUGUAUUUGUUACCUUAAACACAGUGCAUUUAUACAACAUUAUUUGUACACCCAGUUUAACUAAGUUUCUUAUUAUGUUUAUGUUCCUCUUAGUUUACAUUACUAGUCAGUUCCAUAAUGUUAUGUAUUUUCAAUUUUAAAUUAAAAAACAAAUUUUGACUAAUUUCUGCUCAGUCCAAGAAGUUAUUUUACAGGUUUGUAGAAUAAGCUUUGGUUUAUUAUAAUAUAUUCAUAAAUGUACAGCAUUUUAUUAUCUAGUAGUUUUAAUUAAUUAGUUUUAUAUUUUCAAUUUUUUAAAUUUGCAUUUGUGGACACGUUAAAAAAUGAAUAAGAAUGUUAUUUUGGUUUUGAUUUAGGUUAAGAACUUAAUGCCAUCGAAUGUGAUAAACAAUGUUUUGUUACAGUUGUGUUAUAAAAUGAUUGUGUUGUAAUAAUGUUUGUUAUUGUUGGAUUCUACCAUCAGUUGGGGUGCUUUUUAGUCUUGGUCAAUUGUGAAGCCUUAAUGUUAAAGUCACUCUUAGUUUAAUCCCUUCUUUACUACAAAUACUAUUGAUGUUCUUGUAUUAGUAAAAUGUUGUAAUAAAGUUUCAAAUUUAGUUUUGCAAGUGGACCAAUAGUUAGUUGAAGUUUUAAUUUUGUCAAUAUUGUAACUGUCCUUAAAUAUUUGUUGUAAUAAAGUAUGGAACAUUUUAUAAA